CAUUUUGCUCUAACCUCAAAAAUUAAAUUAUCCAAAAACUGUCAUAGAAAAUAUAGUAGUACUAUAUUUUCUAUGAAAAACUGUGACUAUAAUGGAUAAAAAACGUUUGUUUUGUGUAGCAGUGAAAGAGACGGAACAAAUAAUUAACUUAAACUCAGAAUUAAUUACAAACAUAAAACAGUGCAAUUUGAGAGAAUUUAUGGGACAUUUAAAGGAUGCUUCUAAAAUAGAAUGGAUUAAUAGUGCAUCUCCAAAAAAAAUAUCAGCUUCCAAGGAGGUGUUUAAUUUUUUAGAUGAAUGGCUUAAAAUACUUGCAAAUAGAUUACAAAAUUAUGAUGUGGAAGUUUUAGAAGCAAUAACAGAAAUUUUAAGGUUUUUAAGGAAUUGUACUUCAAAUUUAAUAUCGCAGCAAUAUAUCCUCGAAGAAACAAUUAUUUUGAACACUGUAGAUUUACUUUUCUCUUUGAUUAUUGAACUAGAUGUAAAAAAUAUUUGUUUGAAAGUACUUUUACAGUUUCUUACUAAUUUGGUAUCUUCAAAUAAACAGACAACAGAGAAAAUAUUCAUUUUAUUUUAUGAGAGAGUUAAGAAAUGUUUACAGACAAAUAUAAACACAUAUGAAAGCUCUGCUUUAAUUUAUUAUAUUUCUUUACUACAACCUAUUAAUGACAUCGAAUUAAUUGAUACUGUAUUAAACCUGUACUACAAUAAUUCGGAAAAUGAGUUCUUAAUUUUUUUCUUAGAAAAUAGUAUAUCUAAUGAUAAUUUUUGGAAUAUAUAUCAGGAUAUUAAAACUGAAAAUAAAAUAACAAUAUUGGAAAUUUUAAAGAAUAUGGAGUUCCAAAAAAGAUCCUACUGUCUUCCAAUAAAUGUACAGAAGAUAUUCAUAGACGAAUUUUUGAAAAUUGCUAGUACAAUUUUUUAUAUAUCAGAAAAAGAAGAGAACAAAUUAAAAGCUUAUGAAGUGUCACUUUUACUAGAAAUUCUAUCGUCUCUUUCUAGUAAUGAAGAUUAUCUUAAGAAAAUACAGAGUAAUAGAAAUAUUCUUAUAAAUGCUGGUGUGUUACUAAUUAAUAUUCAUAAAUUAGGAAAAGAAAAUGACAAUUGUUUUACUCCUAUACAAAAAUUAACUGAAUUUGGAGUAAACAGUGGACUGAAUGAACAUCCAGCAUUUGGUUUUAAAACAGAUUUGGUCAGGCUUAUUGGAAAUCUUUGUUGGAAAAAUGAAGACAUGCAAAAUUUGGCCAGAACUGCUGAGUUAAUACCUGUGAUAUUAGAUUGUUGUAAUAUGGAUGCAAGAAAUCCUUUUAUUGUACAAUGGUCAAUUCUGGCGGUAAGGAACCUUUGUGAUAAUAAUGAAGAAAAUCAAAAAAUUAUUGCCAGUUUAUAUCAGGAAGGUACUGUUAGCUCCGAGGUACUUAAUGAGAUGGGAUUAACAUUGCAUAGUGAUGGAGGAAGUGAUUUAAAAAUUGUUCCCUUGGAAUCUUUGAAAAAGUCUUAGGUUAUUGUUAAUUGAUGUAUUUAAUAAAUAUUUUAUGUUUU